AAUAUUAGUUUAGAUUUUGAUACCUGCACCUUUCCUGUGGAAAUACAUAUAAAACAUGGAGGAUCUGUACAGGCUUGAUGAUCUUACAAUCUCCUGUUCAAAUGAUAUUGUAAGGGUUGAUAACUUUGGUGCAGGAAGCUUUACUGCUACUGUUACCACUGAUUUUCUCAGUCCGGUUGAUCAUUUACUUCAAUUCGAUCAUCAAGAAGCUGAUACAGGUGCCACUGGAUCAGAUGUGUCUGAGCUCAUCAAGUCCCAGAUCUUGAAUCACCCUCGUUAUCCAAACCUAGUAUCUGCCCACAUAGAAUGCCAAAAGGUUGGAGCAACGCCUGAGCUGGCGUCGCUUCUUGAAGAAAUUGGCAGAGAGAAUCGCUCUAUUAGUGCUUGUAGUCAGAUAGGAGUUGAUCCAGAACUUGACAAGUUCGUGGAAUCAUAUUGCGAGGUUCUUAAUCGCUACCAACAAGAGUUAUCAAAGCCGUUUAAUGAAGCGACAACGUUCUUAAGCAACAUGGAAUCGCAGCUAAGUAGUCUCUGUAAAGGAGCACUGACCGAAAAAUUGGAUAACCGUCCCUUUGAUGAAGCUGGUGGGAUUUCGGAGGAAGAGUUAAGUUGCGGUGGGGAAGUUGAAGCUUCUGAAAAUCAGGAAUCUCUGGACGACCGUGGAAGCGAGGACGUCAAAGGAAUGCUCAUGCGCAAAUACAGUGGCUAUCUGAGCAGUUUGAGGAAAGAAUUCUUGAAGAAAAGAAAGAAGGGUAAGCUACCAAAAAAUGCAAGGGUGACACUGCUUGAUUGGUGGAACAAUCAUUAUAGAUGGCCUUAUCCUACGGAGGAGGAGAAACUAAAGUUAUCAGAGAUAACAGGACUAGAGCAGAAGCAAAUCAACAACUGGUUCAUCAACCAGAGGAAGCGGCACUGGAAACCAUCAGAGGAUAUGAAAUUCGCUCUUAUGGAAGGCGUCGCCGGACGCAUCGAAGGACCUAUGUGCUUGGAUCAUGGAGUUGGAACCAAUGACAAUAAUAUUUAGUCAAAACAAUUACUCUUUUAAAUCAUCCUUUCAUCAUGUAAUAUUAUUUAGGUUUCAACGUGUUCAAGUCUGCAACAUUCCACACCUGUAAAUCAGUAAAUGUUAAUACUCUUAAUCA